UAAGCACAUUCCUCCUCUGUACUAUGAACUGAAACGUUCUUAAUGCACAUAAAGUAAACGGGCUAUUCCCGAUACUGAAUUAUUUGGGGAGAAGAUGUGCGUGUGUGUGUGCUCAUUUCUUAUUAAUGAAUGCCUUCACCUUUUCCUAGAGGUCUCAUUUCCAGUAAGGCCAAUGGUUUCCCUGUCUUCUUGUCAUACUUUACGAAGCUGCUAUCUUUAUUUCAAUUUUAAAUGACUUCCAGUGGUCUCUCACACCAUUAAAUACAGCAAGGAUUACUGAAGGAAUUGAGAUUACAGCCACAAUGUUUUAUUCUUGUGCUAAGGGGCUGGAAGUCAGCCUUUGUAGGGAGCAUCAGGGAAGAUGCUCUACUGAAGAACAGCAGGCUGCUGGACACGGACUCCUGAAGUGGGAACCUGUUGGAUCGUCUUGGAUAUUUAGCCAGCCUCACAACCACAUUUUUUGUGAGAAUCACCUUCUGCUGCCCCCUUCACUUUUUAUCAUCUCACACUCGCUGCUCGCCGGCCUUUCGCCCCACACCGCCCUCCCUCAGGAAGGGAUGCUCGUCGAUGUUCGAUCUUUGGAAACUUUCAAGCCUGACUCAACAAGAAAUGAGAUUUAAUCCGUGAAACAGAGCAGCCAACAAGCGCCGAGCAGGUGUUAGAAAGACAAAUGAAUUGUCGGUAGAACUGCCUUCUUUAGGUUUUUGGGCUCGGCGUGUUUUAAUGCUCUGAGAUACAGGGGGAGGUUAAAGCUCGGGAAGAAGGAUGUCUGACAGCGGAUUCAGAGAAUGCAGAAUUUACAGGCCGCAGGGACACUUGGCAGAACCCAUGAGAUAAGGAAAAAAACAAUAAAGCCAACUCGGCAAUUGUGCUGAAAUCAGCUCAAGCUGCAUAAAAGGUAAUCCCGUCAAGGGCAGAUCGUGACCACUGACUCUGGGACCACCGACCCAAAAGAAGGGAAAGGCUGAACACAUGGACUAAUUAGCAUCGGAAGCGAGAGAAUCAUUAACCGAGAGAAGACAGAAUGCUAAUUAAUAAGAGAACUAUAUAACUUGUAAACAUUAAUUCCUUUGUUUGCUAAUAUGCAUAAAUUCUGAAAAGUUUUGAUAGCCUGGGUGCUGGAUUUCUGGAAUACCUGGGAGCAGCCAGGCUUGUAUAGCCCUGAGGUAAACACCAAUGUCGGUGUGGAAUCAUUGGUGUGUUGCACACCAGUAGCUGUUGUCAAUCUGCUUUGCUCUGUGAUCUGUGGUGGAGAGGGGUCUGUAGCUCCAGAUUGCAGUUACCAGAAGGAAUGUUUUAUUUUGCUGACUAAAAGAAGGCAUCUCCUCUUCUGAAACCAGGCUAUGUCGAAGAGGUUACUGAGCGGGUGAUGGAGAAUUUAAAACCGCGCCUUUGCUGAAGGAGAGGCAGCAAUGGAUCAGAGGAAAGCAGCCUGGCCAAGCAAACUGCCCUACCUACCACAGUGCUGAAAACAAGGUGCUUCUGGGUGCACAGCAGAUGCUGCAGGGAUGUAGAGCUGAGGGAAUAUUUAUGAUUUGCCAAAAUACGAGGGGAACUCGGCGAGGACAUCAGAACUGGGAUGCCCCGGUCUUCUCUCUUCAGGGAUGCCUUGCUUCAUGUGCAUCUUUUGUCUGCUAUGCUGUUUCUAAAGGGUAAAAUCACUAACAAAUAAGAAGUCAGCAAGGUGGAUUGGGUGCAUUUCUCUUUUGGAAGAGAUGGUCCUGGUCAUGAAAAUUCUGUUCCUCACCUGCCUAUGGCCAGCAGCAGUGCUACACAGUUCUCACAGUCAGCAUCACCGUCUUCAUCGUCGGCAACAAAUGUCAGUCUCAAGAAAACAUAACAGCAAACGAGAAAUUAAAAUGAGGAAACUCGACAGCACAAAGGUCCGACCACUCAAAUCUGAGCAGCUGCUUCACAUUGAGGACCAUGACUUUGCUCUGAGACCUGGAUUUGGAGGGUCACCAAUACCUGUGGGCAUUGAUGUGCAGGUGGAGAGCAUUGACAGCAUAUCUGAAGUUGACAUGGACUUCACAAUGACUUUAUAUCUCAGACACUACUGGAAGGAUGAGAGGCUCUCAUUCCGCAGCAACAAAAACAAAAGUAUGACUUUUGAUGGACGGCUGAUAAAAAAGAUCUGGGUGCCUGAUGUGUUUUUUGUGCACUCCAAAAGAUCUUUCAUCCAUGAUACAACUGUGGAAAACAUCAUGCUCCGAGUGUACCCUGAUGGCAACGUUCUCUUCAGUCUGAGAAUAACAGUUUCUGCUAUGUGCUUCAUGGAUUUCAGUAGGUUUCCUCUGGACACACAGAACUGUUCUUUAGAACUGGAAAGCUAUGCGUACAAUGAAGAUGAUCUGAUGUUGUACUGGAAACAUGGCAACAAGUCCCUGAGCACAGAUGAGCACAUCUCCCUCUCCCAGUUCUUCAUUGAGGAAUUCAGUGCUUCCAGUGGACUUGCUUUUUACAGCAGUACUGGUUGGUACAAUCGACUUUUUAUCAACUUUGCACUCCGCAGACACAUUUUCUUUUUUGUGCUACAAUCGUAUUUCCCAGCCAUGCUGAUGGUGAUGCUGUCUUGGGUUUCCUUUUGGAUUGAUAGAAGAGCUGUUCCUGCCAGGGUGUCAUUAGGCAUAACUACAGUGCUGACAAUGUCCACCAUCAUGACAGGAGUAAGUGCCUCAAUGCCUCAAGUGUCUUACAUAAAGGCUGUGGAUGUGUAUUUAUGGAUCAGCUUCCUUUUUGUCUUCCUGUCAGUCAUCGAGUAUGCAGCGGUGAACUAUCUCACCACAAUUGAAGAGAGAAAACAACUCAAAAAAAGGGGCAAGGCUUCUGGAAUGUACAGCAUGGACGCAGUGCAAGCGAUGGCUUUCGAUGGCUGCUACCACGACACGGAUGAGGACAUGGACCUGAGUCCCUUCCCAGAGCCCUGUGAGGAGAGUGAGACCAGGGCAAGUCAAACCAACAUCUCCAAUGCUGACACACCUCGCUUGAAGAGGAAGAGAUCUCUGAAGGGAAACGUGGGCAGGAUUAUUUUGCAGAACAAUCAUGUUAUUGACACGUAUUCCAGGAUUAUAUUUCCCAGUGUAUAUAUUGUGUUCAACUUUUUUUACUGGGGUUUGUACAUAUGAACAAAAAUGCUUAAAAGCUAGACUUUAUUUUGUGUAUGAGGGUUGCAUCAUGCUUCAAAAAUAAUGCAACAGCAGUAGAGGAAAAGGUUACAGUUUUCCAAAAGAGACUUCUGCAUCAAACCUGGGCUGGUUUGGUCAGCAGCAAAACUCUUCAUGAAAAACUCUCACGUGUCUGGGUUCUUUUCCAACUGGACUAUGCAGAGCUUCACUGGGGUGAUCCCAUGCACAGGCUCCACUGGAGUAGCACAGGAGCUGUGUGCUCACUAAGGGAGCCCUGUUUCACCCCCCUGAACAGACAGCAGCUCCCACCUGAGCCACUGUCCUGUCUGUGUCUGCACUCCAACCCUUCCUCUCAAAUCAGCCUCUCUGUUCUUCACCUGUGCUCCACUGUGGUCAGCAAUCCACACCAACUGCUUUGGGACAGACUUGGGAUAGCUCCUGUCCUUGUCUCCUUCCUGCAUUCCAAUUUUCCUGGGCAACCCCUGUGCACCUCAGCAGCCUCUGCCUUCGGAUGGGAACCAGGGGGAAAAUGAUGGCUUAGCAGUGCAGUAGGGACCAGCACGAAGCCAGGCUGAUGGGGCUUUGUAGACUGUGCAUCAGCAACACUUCAAGAAAACCCUUCACCCUUGUCAGCUGUCUGUGACUUUCCAUGGCACCUCUGUUUUGAGGUAUCUGGCUCACCAGUCCCUGAGGCAGCACAGGAACAACGUCCCAGACCCUGUGCACUUGCAGCCACUUCCCAGGGGGAUGAGCAGCAUCCCCAGCACGAGCUGUGUCCUUCACGGGUCACCCACACACCUCUGCCUCACCUCCACCUGCUGUAAUCCCCUGCUUCCUGCAGAGCCCUUUGGCUUAGAAACACAGGCUUUGAGACAGAGAUUUUAGACAACAGCUGUGCCAAAACAAAGACACAUACAGGAAACCUGUCAGUCUCAGAUGAAUCCUGCAUGGAAAUAUCCUUAGGUUCAGGCUAAGGAGGCUGAAUUAAGGAUGUUCAGGGAUAAACACAGAAAGUUUUCCCAGCUCCAGAAAAGAAUAAUUUAUAACUUUCCCAAAUAAGGAGCAUUUUCCAUUAAAUUCCUUGGGUUUGUCUGUUAUUUCAUAAGCGGAGUUUAUAUUUACAAAGUCAGAUAAAAAUUACCAUUUUGAAGUUCAAAAUGAUCAUUUGGUGACAAAAAGUGUCAUAAGGUAAAUGCUUGGUCAAGUUUAUUGGUCAAGGAAGUGGGAAUAAAUUUGGAAGCCUAACUCA